GCAGCCAGUGACCUGCCAGGAUGGCCGUGCUGGGGGGCUACUGUGAAGGCAACAGCUCCAUUGCCCAGGCUUGGGUCCAGCAGGGCUUCCAGCCCUGCUUCUUCUUCACACUGGUGCCAGCUGUGCUGCUGAGUGUCUGCCUGCUGCUGGGCGCCCUGCAGUACUCCUGCUACGUCCGCUUCGGCCGUGCCAUGGAGCCCAAGUACAUCCCCCGCUCACGCCUCUACUGCGGCCAGGUCCUGCUGUCCCUGCUCCUGGCCCUGCAGCCCUUUGGUGAGCUGCUGUGGCAAGCGGGAGGGCCAGGACGGCUCUAUGGGUACAUGUUGCUGCACGCCUGCCUCUGGGCCCUCAGCUGGGGCUGUGCAGUCGCGCUCCUGCAGCUGGAGCACACGCGAGUGCUGACGCAUGACCGGACACGGGGCCAUGGCACUGUCCUCCUCCUCUUCUGGGCGCUGGCCUUCGCCGCCGAGAAUCUGACCCUGGUGUGCUGGAGGAGCCCACUGUGGUGGUGGGCGCUGGAAAACACCAACCAGAAGGUGCAGUUUGGCUUCUGGCUGCUGCGUUACAUCUGCACAUUCAUGCUCUUCAUCCUGGGCAUGAAGGCUCCGGGGCUGCCGCCCAAGCCCUACAUGCUGCUGGUCAACGAGGAGGAGCGGGAUGUGGAGAACAGCCAGCCCCUUCUGCCCGAUGCCAGUAGGACCGGCUCCACCUGGAAGGAUUUCCGGAGGAAGCUGCGACUGCUGGUGCCGUACAUGUGGCCGACGGGCAAUCGCCUGCUGCAGGGGCUGGUGCUGUUCUGCAUGGCGCUCAUGGGGGUGGAGCGGGCCAUCAACGUCUUCGUCCCCAUCUACUACAAGAACAUUGUGAACGAGCUGACGGAAGGUGUUCCCUGGCGCUCCCUGGGCUGGACUGUCUGUAUCUACGUGGGGUUGAAGUUCCUGCAGGGCGGAGGUGCUGGCUCCACCGGCUUCGUGAGCAACCUGCGCACCUUCCUGUGGGUGUGGGUGCAGCAGUUCACCAACCGGCAGGUGCAGGUGCAGCUCUUUGCCCACCUGCACGGGCUGUCCCUGCGCUGGCACCUGGGACGUCGCACUGGCGAGGUCCUGCGCAGCGUGGACCGGGGCACCAGCAGCAUCAACAGCCUGCUCAGCUACAUCGUCUUCAGCAUCAUGCCCACCAUCGCGGACAUCAUCAUCGGCAUUGUUUACUUCACCUCGGUCUUCAGCGCCUGGUUCGGCCUCAUCAUCUUCGUGUGUAUGAGCCUCUACCUGACUCUGACUAUCUUCAUCACCGAGUGGAGGACCAAGUACCGGCGAGACAUGAACACGCAGGACAACGAGGCCAAGUCCCGGGCUGUCGACUCACUCCUCAAUUUCGAGACGGUGAAGUACUACAAUGCGGAGAGCUACGAGGUUAACCGCUUUAACGAUGCCAUCGUCAAGUACCAGGUCUCAGAGUGGAAGGUCAGUGCCUCGCUGGGCCUCCUCAACCAGACCCAGAACCUGGUCAUCGGCCUGGGGCUGCUGGCGGGGUCCCUGCUUUGCGCCUACUUUGUCACCGAAAAAAAGCUGCAGGUGGGGGACUUUGUCCUCUUUGGUACCUAUAUCAUCCAGCUCUACAUGCCACUCAACUGGUUUGGGACUUACUAUAGGAUGAUCCAGAACUCCUUUGUGGACAUGGAGAACAUGUUUGAGCUCUUCCAUGAGGAGCAAGAGGUGAAGGAUGCAGUGAAUGCCAGCGACCUGCGCUUGGAGGCCGGGCGGAUCGAGUUUGAGAACGUGCACUUCAGCUAUGUUGAUGGGAAGGAAAUCCUGCAGGACGUCUCCUUCUCUGUGAUGCCUGGGCAGACCCUGGCCCUGGUGGGACCUUCAGGCUCAGGGAAGAGCACCAUCAUCCGCCUGCUCUUCCGCUUCUACGAUGUGCGGGGUGGCUGCAUCCGCAUUGAUGGGCAGGACAUCACCCAGGUGAAGCAGGCAUCGCUGCGUGCUCACAUCGGGGUGGUGCCCCAGGAUACAGUGCUCUUCAACGACACCAUCGCCAACAACAUCCGCUACGGACGUGUCCUGGCCACUGACCAGGAGGUGCAGGAGGCAGCCCGGGCUGCUGACAUCCAUGACCGCAUCCUUUCCUUCCCCAAUGGAUACAAUACCCAGGUGGGGGAGCGGGGGCUGAAGCUGAGCGGGGGGGAGAAGCAGCGCGUCGCCAUCGCACGCACCAUCCUGAAGGGUCCCAGGAUCAUCCUCCUGGAUGAGGCCACGUCCGCGCUUGACACGGAGACCGAGAGGAACAUCCAGGCCUCCCUGGCCAAAGUCUGCACCCACCGCACCACCAUUGUUGUUGCACACAGGAAGGGAGGCACCGAGGGCCCGGGGAGCGGGGAAGGGGCUGCCUUCAUGCUGCCGGGAGGCCGCACAUUCAGCAGUGCCAUGCCCAAGCGAGAGACCAUCUCAGACACAGUUGCUCUUUGCUGA